CAUCAGACUGCAGAGGUGGGAACGGAACGAAAAGAAAGGAAGAAAAGAAAGAAAAAAAGAGAGAGAGAGAACGAGAAAGGGACACCUGGAUAGAUUUGCGUAUUUAUGCUCAUAAGUUUCUCUCAACCAUAACAACAUAAAAUCGACAAAUCCCACUCUUCAACUUCUACAAUCACUUCGCUUCUUUCUUUGUUUCCCCACCACCACCAUCAGCACCUGGUUUUUAAACUGUCUCUAUCGCCCGUCGUUUAACUCCUAUUCGCCCGUCGUUUUACUACUUCCGUCCGAUUGCGUGAAGAUCAAAUCUCACUCCAGAUCAACAAUCUCGAUUCGGCCGUGAACUCGAACACGUGAUGGUUGCACCGUCGAUUCGUGCACCGGCGGGUUCCGGAGCCGUCGGUGGGGGGUCGUGCCUGUGAGGGGAUUUCGCUAUUGUUUGGUGUAACUGCGGGAAUUUGGGAAAUUUCAUGGGCGAUUUUAGGGAUUGGUGGCCUGAACCGAACGGCCCCUUGUUGGAAGAGAGGCCGUCGUCGUCAUCAUCGUCGUCACGGUCGUCAAAUCAAACUGCAAUUGGUGCCGAGUUCUGGCUACGAGCCGAGGAAGCGACGCAGGGGAUCAUAGCCCAGGUCCAGCCCACCGUUGUAUCUGGAAAUAGGAGGAAAGCGGUUAUUGAUUACGUUCAGAGACUUAUUAGAACUUCUCUUGGUUGUGAGGUGUUUCCAUUUGGGUCUGUACCACUAAUGACCUAUCUGCCUGAUGGAGAUAUUGAUUUGUCUGCCUUUGGUGGUCUCAAUGUUGAGGAGGCUUUGGCCAGCGAUGUUUGUUCAGUCCUUGAAAGAGAAGCUCACAACAUGGCUUCGAAGUUUGUAGUAAAGGAUGUCCAAUUGAUUCGGGCAGAGGUUAAGCUUGUAAAAUGUCUGGUACAGAAUAUUGUGGUUGAUAUUUCCUUCAAUCAGUUAGGAGGGCUCUGUACGCUAUGCUUUCUCGAGAAGACUGACCGUUUGAUUGGCAAAGAUCAUCUAUUUAAACGUAGUAUUAUACUGAUUAAGGCUUGGUGCUACUAUGAGAGCCGUAUUCUGGGUGCUCAUCACGGCUUGAUUUCUACAUAUGCUUUGGAGACUUUGGUUCUAUAUAUCUUCCAUCUUUUCCAUACAUCCUUAAAUGGUCCUCUAGCGGUUUUAUAUAAAUUUUUGGACUACUUUAGCAAAUUUGACUGGGACAACUACUGCAUCAGCUUGAAUGGUCCCGUCCGAUUAUCCUCACUGCCAGAACUCGUGGCUGAGAUACCUGAAAACGAUGGUGUUGAUCUAUUGCUCAGUAAUGAUUUUCUUAAGGGAUGUUUGGAAAUGUUUUCAGUUCCCUCAAGGGGUUAUGAGACAAAUUCAAGGACAUUUCCCCCAAAGCAUCUUAAUAUAGUUGAUCCACUGAAAGAAAAUAACAACCUUGGCCGCAGUGUGAGCAAAGGAAACUUUUACCGAAUAAGGAGUGCUUUCACAUAUGGUGCUCGAAAGCUUGGGCGUAUCCUCUCCCAGCCAGAAGAAAACACCGAUGAUGAAAUUCGUCAGUUUUUCUCAAACACAUUGGAUAGGCAUGGAAGUGGGCAGAGGCCUGAUGUUCAAGAUUUUAUGUCUGGACAUGAUGUAUUUGGCAGCGCAUUGUCAUUUUCUGGUACAGAUUCACAAGAAGAUCAGAUGAUUUAUGAUACAGAAUAUGCCUAUUUAAAUGGCAAGACUGGGGAAUGUAGGUUGGGUUAUGAGGGACUGACGCAUGGUGGAUUCACUAAUACUAAGACAUUAGGGACCAGUAUGAGCUUUGGCAGAGCUGUGGAUGAACCAAAAAGAAGCUCUGUGAAUGCGUCAGCCUCAACCAUAUUGGUGGAAGCUGACGAUUCUGCAAAUAAGAUUGCUGUUUCAGAAUACCGUCUUUCUGGGGAUGCGAAAGACCUUGCGACCUCCAGAAUUCAAGGUCUUACGAUCUCAAAUGAUGCAUCUAAAUCUCCCCCUUCGAGUUGUGAGGAUAGAAUAUCCCCUUUGGGUAAAGCGCAUCAUGCACCUCAUCUCUAUUUCUCUCACACAUUCAGUGGAAAUGGGGAUGGAAAUUCAGAUAAAAAACAGCCAGAAAACUCUGAUUAUACCGAGAAGAAAGAUUUGUCUGGGCUUCUGCAAGCACCUCCUGAGGAGAAGGCCUUUAUAGCGCAUGGUGACCAGGAUGAGAACCAGUCGGUUAGUGAUAAUGACUGUUUGUCGCCUGUUGUAUUGAAGCACUACCCUUCACGUUUGAGUUCAGCUGCUUUGCCCUCAGAAGAUCUUUAUCCUAAUUAUCCUGGUUAUGGGAUGUUAAAUGGCACUUCUGGAAAUCCUGAAGCAUUGAAAUCUUUGUCAGAUCUCAGUGGGGACUACGAUAGUCACGUUAACAGUUUGCAAUAUGGUAGGUGGUGCUAUGACUAUGCCUUGAGUACACCUGUUACUCCCAUGCCUCCAACAUUGUUCCCACAGGUCCAUGGCAAGAAGCCGUGGGAUGCAAUACAACGGUCUGUGCAGCUGAACGGGAAUGUGUAUUCCCAGGGGAACACCAAUGGUGUUGUCCCAAGGUCAGGCUUCUACCCCUUCAACUCACCAAUAUUACCUGGUGGUGCUGUAUUUGGUAUGGAAGAGAUGCCAAAGCCACGAGGAACAGGGACAUAUUUUCCCAAUACGAACCAUUACCGGGACAGGCCCUUGUCUGCAAGGGGAAGAAAUCAAGCACCAGUAAGGUCUCCUCGUAACAAUGGCCGUGCCAUGUCAACCCCCGAGUCAAGUUGGUCUGAGAGAAGUCCUCGGAACAAUGGCCAUGCCAUGUCAACCCCCGAGUCAAGUUGGUCUGAGAGAAGUCCUAGGAACAAUGGCCAUGCCAUGUCAACCCAUGAGUCAAAUUGGUCUGAGAGAAGCAGCCGCGAGCUGGCACAAGCACAAUUCCCUGUUUAUGGUAGCGGAAAGUCUGAGUCUUCAGAUCAUACCUCUGGUUCCCCUGGAAGGAAGGUAUACUCUAAUGCCAAUGGUUCAACUCAUCCGUCUGAGAGAGUUGUUGAAUUUGGGUCAGUUGGGCAUCUGCCAGUGGAGGGAUCUUUGCUAGAAAAGAGCUGGCAACAAAGCUCUGGCUCCGCACUUGGUCAAAACUCAAGCGGAAGCCUUCCACCAUCAGGGAUGCAAAGCCCAAAGCCUGUAUUGGGUAUGAAUCAAGAUAGGAUUGGGGUACAAUCAUACCGUUUGAAAGAUGAAGAUGAUUUCCCACCUUUAUCUGGCUGACUGCGGGUGGAAGGGAUGAUGAUUUAUCUGUAUGAUUAAAGUAUGAAUGAGUAGAACUGUUAAUACUAACAAAGCAGCCUAAGCCCGAGCUUCAACCUACUAGGAAACUCGAGAAAUGGAGUCCAUAUUUUUCCUGUUUGUGGUUCAAAGGCAUUUUUGUACAUUCUACUUGUUUUUUUUUUUUUUUUUUUUUUUUAAACUUCCAAUCUUGAUAGCUGUGUUUUACAGAGAUGUUGAUAUAUAGGAUGUUUGAGAUGUGGUUUCGCCUCAGGAUUUGUUUUUCUUCUUCACCCAUUGUAGGUAAAAAAGUACAAAGACAAAAAUAUUGUUGUUGCUGAUGUCUAAUGUAACUCAUAUAGUAAUUAUUUUCUGCA